AUGAGCGUCUCGAGACCAGCGGCACGCCGCCUCGUCGGCCGCUGCCUGAGCCAGACGCGAACACAACCACCCUCCUCGACCCCCUACGCCGCCGCUGCCGCCGCCGCCGCUCAAUGCCUCCCGUUCCACAGCUCCGCAUCAUGCUCCAAGCCUCGGCGGUCGCAGUUCCGCAACGUCAAGGCGUCGGAGCUGGGCCUCACGAAUGCCGAAACGCUCCAGGCGUACAAGGCGGACAAGUUUGGCGAGCUGACGCCCGAGGAGCUGGACAAGCUUCGGCAAAAGUACACGCCCGAGCAGAUGGAGGCGCUCCUGGCCGGCGAGAAGGCCGUCGACCCCGACGACAUGAUCUUCCAGGGCCGCCUGCGCGACGACAUUCACCGCCCGACGUACAUGGACGACUACGCCGUCAUGGACCCGCGGUACGACGUCAAGCCCGAGGCCAAGAUCACCGCCGACGAGCCCCUGUUCCCCACCGAGCAGGAGUACAUGGAGGCGCAGUACAAGAAGAUGACGGACCUGGCGACCAAGUCGACCAACGACAUGAUCUCGCGGAGCCUGCUGCGCGCCAUGCGCAAGGUGCGCCGCACAGAGGCCGGCAUGGACACCAUGGACCUCACCGAGGCGGAGCUCGACGACAUGGAGCGCGACCCCAGCCUGAUCGAGAGGUACGUCGCCAAGCUCGACGAGGACGGCGUCGAGCGGUACGCCGACGACAUGGACACCGCGGCCGCCAAGGCCAAGGGCGCCCUCACCCGCGGCCAGGCGACGCGGCUGAACGAGGAGAUUGACGCCCAGUGGCAGAAGGAGUUUGAGAGCAUCUUCUCCGAGGACAGCUACGAGCUCCUCCGGCCCGCGCAGGCGGACCUGGCCAAGGACGCCCCCGACGGCCUCAUCCACGCCACGACGGCCGAGCAGCCCGACACGGGCAAGAUCCCCGGCGUCGAGGGCAAGUUCCGCUCCGAAGAGGACCCGGACGACCUGGACGGCCGCUACGACCGGUACAAGAAGACGAGCGGGCUGUCGGUCAAGACUAUCCAGAAGCUGUACACAAAGAUCCUCGCCACGCGCAACGUCGCCAACCAGACGCGUCUGGGCAAGGUGCGCAAGGCGUCCGUCAUCGUCCUCGCCGGCAACGGCCACGGCCGUCUCGGCAUUGGCAUGGCCAAGUCCAUUGAGCCCGGUGUCGCGCGCGAGGCCGCCAUGGGCCUCGCCAUGCGCAACAUGCGGCCCAUUCGGCGCUACGAGAACAGGACCAUCUACGGCAACGUCACGGCCAAGCUGAGCGGCACCGUCGCCGAGCUGCAGUCGCGCCCGCCCGGCUUCGGACUCCGUGUCCCCGCCCGCAUCUUCGAAAUGUGCCGCGCCGUCGGCAUCCAGGACCUCAGCGUGCAGCUGCCCCGCUCCAAGAGUCCCAUGAACUCGGUCAAGGCCUUUUACAAGGCUUUGCUUGAGCAACCCGACCCCGAGGAGAUUGCCAUUGGCCGCGGCAAGAAGCUGGUCGACGUGCGGAAAGUGUACUAUGGCGGGUCGACGGCGUGA